AUCGGGUUGGUCCGGUCCAAGAAAUGUCGUCGGGUGACUUGUGUCUAGGGUUUAUAUGUCUCGCUAAUCGGCUUUGAAUCUGAUAGAUCUGAAGCUCUCUCUCUCUCUCUCUCUUCGAUUAGGUUCUCUCGAUUUCUUGUUUCAAAGGCUCAGUCAUGAGGAGGUACAGUCCACCAUACUACAGUCCUCCAAGGAGAGGAUAUGGGGGUCGAACGCGAAGUCCCCCACGAAGGGGACCUGGGAAUGGUUAUGGGAGAAGCAAGGAGCGAAAUCAUGGAAGCCUUUUAGUUCGAAACAUUCCUUUGAACUGCAGACCAGAAGAACUUCGAGUUCCAUUUGAAAGAUUUGGAGUAGUUAGGGAUGUUUAUAUUCCAAAGAACUAUUACACAGGGGAACCUCGGGGCUUUGCAUUUGUGCAGUUUGUGGACGCUUAUGAUGCAGCAGAGGCUCAGUAUCAUAUGAAUAGGCAGAUAUUUUCUGGGAGGGAGAUAUCUGUGGUUGUUGCUGCGGAGACAAGGAAAAGACCUGAAGAUAUGCGCCGUAGAACUAGAGUCAGAGAACCAUCAGGAUAUGGAGGUCGGCGAUCCCAUUACGGACGAUCUCGGUCUCGUUCAGUAUCACGUUCUCCUUCUCCUCGUUACCCUUCUGGUUCUCGAAGUCGUCAUCGUUCAAGGUCUUAUUCUCCUGCGCCAAAACGUCGAGUUGACUACUCCAUCUCCCCAAGUGGAAGGCAUGCAGACCACCCAAGAUCAUCAAGAGAACCCCCAAAAGAGCGAUAUAGUGACCGCAGUCGCAGGUCAUAUUCUCCAGGUUAUGAGAAUGAUGCUGACCAAAAUCAAAAUGGCAAUGGGUAUAAGGAGAAAGCUUUGUACGAGUCUGAUGAAGCACGUGCACACUGGAGGACUUCUUCACCUGGACGAGCUUCGAGAUCACCUUCUGGAUCUAGAUCUAGGUCUGCUGAUUUGUCACCCAGGCGCAGCAGAUAAAUGAAAGUCAAGAUGGAGGUGGUGCUUCUCAUCUUACCGGUCAGAAGGAACAUGUGGAAAUGGCCUGUUCUGUCUUUAAAUCCAAUGAAUCUGUAUGGUUUGAAUUUUUGUCAUUAACAUUAUUAUCUCCGGCUUUUUGUUGUGCUUUGGUGUUCUAAUCAUCUACUCUACUAUCAAAAGCAUUGUGUACCAACUGCUAAUAGAUCGUAUGCCACUCAACUUUUAUCUUGAAUAUCUUUUUGUUAGUUGAGACGAGUGCAUGUAACAUAAAAGUGUCCCUCUUGUUUAUGAAUCAUAGACUGAUGAAUCAUGCUCAUUAAA